UUUGUAUUUCACCCACAUACGAACUAGCAAUUCAAACGGGGGAGGUUGCUGCUAGAAUGGCGCAGUUUUGUCCAGAUAUUAAACUAAAGUUUGCAGUCCGUGGCGAAGAAGUUACUCAUAAUUGCAAGCUAAAGGAUCACAUAGUUAUUGGGACACCUGGAAAAAUAUUAGAUUGGGGAUUAAAAUACCGCGUUUUCGAUUUGAAAAAAAUACGAGUAUUUGUUCUGGAUGAAGCUGAUGUAAUGAUUGCAACGCAAGGCCAUCAUGAUCAAUGCAUUCGCAUCCAUAAGUAAGUACGUUUUUUUUUAAAUUUACCAUUGCG